GUUUGCUGUAAUCUCGCGGGAACUCCGCGUCUAGUAACGGAAGAAACAUCACACUUCAUUUUCUACCAAACUAAACGCGGUGUUUGGUCAACAAAAGCGGGGCGUUUGAAGGUGAUGCUGGGAGCUGUAUGCUGCCAUGGCUGCUCUGUUUGCCUGUGAGGAUCAAGCCACAUGGAGGAGAGUGUUUGACAAAUACUGGGAUGUAGUGGAGGCAAAAAGCAAGGGGAAGAAGCCUGAGAAGCUGCUGAGCCUUGACAAGUGGUACCAGGAGGAGCUGCCUGCGCUGAUUUCAAGUCGACCUGACAAACAUGUUACUUUGUCAGAGCUGGUGAAACUGAUGGAGUGGAAGCUCACUAGAGGGAAGUUCAGGCCGAGGCUGCAGCAGCUGGUGGCGUCCAACAGUGAGGACUCAGUGGAGAAAUGCUCCAGAAAGGCCUUCAACCUCCUGCCUGAUGUACAGGCGGCGAUCGCAGAGCUCAGCAUCCUGAAAGGCGUCGGCCCGGCCACAGCUUCAGCUGCUAACACAGCUGGAGCUCCAGAACAGAUUGCGUUCAUGUCUGAUGAGGCCAUGGAGAGUGUCCCAGGACUGAAGCCCAUCCAGUACACAGCCAAGCACUACGCUCUGUACCUGGACAAGAUGGUUGAACGCACUGGAAAACUAAACAAAGUGGAUCCGCAGCAGGACUGGACGCCCCACAGACUGGAGAUGUGUUUGUGGGCGAUGACCACAGCAGCACAAAAGCAGCUCCAGCUCCUGGAGGACAUCGACGUGACGGGCGACAGUGCUCAGGGAAACGGCUCAGACUCUGACCGCAGACCUAGGAAGAAGCUGAGAACUGCGUAAAAUGAAAGCUGCUUUCAUGUUUUGUUUUUUUUGGUUUUCUUUUUUUCUAAUAUAAUAAAGUCUUUAUAUGAAAGAGAA